AUUAUUUUAAAUUAGUGAUAGGCAACUGACGUGAUGAACACCUCAGCCUACACGAACGUUAUUUUCGCUUUCGUUUUUCUUCGCCUCGCUACGUUUUCGAAGGCAAAUACUAUUUUGGAGAGUAUUAUUUUAAUAGACGACGAAAUUUACGAUAUACGGGAUCUUUCGGCACCCGCACCGUUGGCCAACACGGUCACAGCUGGAACUUCUGGACCUUCAUCUGAAGCUGCCACAAUGGCUUCAAAAACAACAAACGUUACAUCAACACCAACAGAAAUCACACCAAGUGAAAACAUGACUGUGGCAGGGGUGCAAAACGGCACAGAAGCUACCGUUGGUAAAGCUUCAUUCUACCUGCCAGAACGGUGCUCACUUCCAGUGGAUAAAGGUUUUGGGAGGGCAAAUAUUUUUCGAUAUUUUUACAACAAAACAUCUGAACAAUGUGAAUUAUUCGUAUACGCUGGAAGUGACGGGAACGAGAAUAGAUUUUUUACUAAAGACCAUUGUAUGAAUGAGUGCUUUAUACCCAAAAAUAAGAGUAGUAUUCGAUCAGAUACGUUUGACUGCACCUUUGACGCAAUGAUUUUAGAUAGGUGCCGGUUGACUUCAGAUUUCCAGCAAAUGACAGGCUGUGCCAGAGUAUCGUUAUUUGGAAGCAAUCGUAAACAAUGUAGCGAUGCGGGAUGUUGUUGGCAUCACAGUUUUAGAAUUUGUUAUCAAACUGUUGCAAGGAAUGUUCGGACUGAGACUUGUCAGAUAUUUUUAAGACAAGGUUCGAUAAUGUAUGGAAUUGCGAAUUUUCAAAGUCCUGCACAUUAUCGUCGUGGAUGGAUGGCUUAUUUAACAUUUACAGAACGAUUGCCCGGCCCGUUUUGUAUAUUGAAAAACGACUUUGAAGUUCCGAUCACGAUCGGAAAUAGAUUCAUAGACGACAGAGGCAUCAUUCUACAAGGAUCUAACAAUUUACGUGCGGGAGAAAGAACAGAAAUUUUGUUUGCAGGAUCAUUAAACAGAGAACGACUGAAUCCUACUCUGUGCCGCGGCCAACAAUCAUUUUCUUCUAAUCGUGAAUCGUGAAAGAAUAUUAGAUUUAUUUGGAAGUAUUGACACUUUUAUCUUGUAAUUUUCUGGUCACUUAUUUAUUCAUUCAUUUUAAAGAAAACCGGAGAUGAAAUAUAUAUUUAUUUGAUUAUGAAUUCUGUACUUCAGAUUUCUGAGCAUAUUUGCCGAACUCUAAUAUUUGAAUUCGUUUUUUCAAACUUAUCUUCAAAUAUUAAUAAAUGGACGCUUGGAAAAUAGUGCUAAAUAUAUAUUGUGUCCCUUGACUGGAGU